AUGUCCUGCCUAUCGAAAUUGAAACAGCGUGAAGAUUCCGACAGCGACUACGGAUCCGACUUCACACCCGACGAAGAAGAUAUUCUGAAUCAAUUGCUCACCAAAGCCGUCGCGGAGCACGCGCCCGCCGAAUCCGACGCCACCCCAACCUCAUCCUUCGCUACACCCAGGCUCACACCUGGCCCCACGAUCGCGACGACCCAGAGUAAUUAUAUUGCUACAACCAGAUUUGGAUCUCCCCAACCUGCGGUUGUUGCGACGUCAGUCACGGACAUUGAGGAUGCCAUUGUGCAAUCCCCAGGUGGCCGGCUGCCUAAGGUACUGGGUAGGGAGAAGCCUGGUUCACCGUGGAGGUCGAGUCAGCGACCAUGGGAGGACACAAAGCCGCGCAGUGGAAUGGCGCAAAUGGCAAACCAGGGCGCAGACAACAGGGCCACCACGUUUGGCAGAGAACGAGAACGAGAACGCGUUGCGGCACGCGAACAAGAGUGGACGCAGCACGAGCAGGUAGCACCGACGUUGGAUACUCGGUCCCCAGUCGAGCGCUUUCGAAAACCCCCCAAUAAGGCUUUCUCAGUCACUGAUUUGGUUUCGCCUGCCUGGUGUGAGCUACAAUACUGGUAUACAUUGACGAAGCAUGGGAGGAAAAGGAGAACUGCGGCCAUGAAGAAGGGGAGCUCGGUGCACAAGACGCUCGAGGAUGAGGUUUAUACUACCGUCCCUGUGGACAUUACUACGAAGGAGGAUGCAUGGGCUCUACGCAUAUGGAAUGUGAUACAAGGGCUGCGAAUUCUGCGCCAGUAUGGCAUCACACGUGAGCUUGAGGUUUGGGGCGUGGUUGAUGGGGAGCUGGUCAAUGGAGUCAUUGAUCAGUUAUCCUACGAAUGCCCCGACUCGGAGCUUGAAGCUACAGCUGCUAGCUUCUACGAGGAUGCAGAGAGGUCAAGAGCUGCUUUACCAGAGUAUCAAAUGUCCUUGUCGGAUUUUUUGUUAUCUUCCUCCCAGGGCGGAAGGAGACUGGCGGAUUUAGGCCAGACCGAAAAUGUCGAUGCCGAACAGGUACCCUCUGCCCAAACAAUCUCACCAGCUGUUUAUGAUCUCCCUCGGAUAUAUAUGACUGAUGUGAAGACGAGAGCAAGUCGCUCAAUCCCUACCGUCAAGAGCACAUCCUUCCGACCCACCUCUCUCCAGCUGCAGCUUUAUUACCACAUGCUUAAUCGCAUGCUAACGAGUGACGAAGUGACUAUGGAGUUACUUGCCGCGCGGUACAAACUUGACCCCGAACGUCCAUUCUCAGAUGCCUUCGUAUCCGAAGUUGGAGGCCUGAAUGAUGAAUUCUUCGAUACACUCUCCUUCCAAGAGUUCGAUCUUGGGGAGUCCCCCACACCUGAAGAUGCACGAAGAAUCUCUCAUGACUCUGGCUCUGUAGUUUCAUCCAGCCCGGUACCACCAGCCAGCCAAAACUCAACCAGCAUUCUUUUGGCCCACGGCAAUCUUUUCAAACUAUGGAGCUACAUGAAAGACCAGCUUCGUUUCACUUUUAUGCCAUCCAUCUCAGAAGCAGAGCCUGUUGCACCGUCCAUUCCAUCACACACCCAGCCAGCUACCCUUGAGGAAUAUUCAACUCUCCUAUCUCCUGUGCUGACCGCACGGUUCCUCUCCUCAGCCCAGACGGAAGAUUUGCAGCCCAAACAUCUAGGAAGCAGAUCCUUCCUCUUCGAUCCUCAAAAUAUGACAUCUUACAUCACAGAUCAAAUGGAGUGGUGGCGAGGCCAGCGCGAUCCCAUUGGAGUCAACAUCGCAGAUGCAUGGAAGUGCCGGAUUUGCGAAUUUCGCGACGAUUGUACCUGGCGCGAAGAACGGGAAUGGGCUCUAGACCGACGAAAUCACGGCCGCCAAAGAACAGCACCACCAGCCGGGAUAUAG